CCUUCCCCGCUCCGCCGCGCACUGUUGUCAUGGAGGAACCAAGAUGGCGGCUCUGGCCUACAACCUGGGCAAGCGGGAGAUCAACCACUACUUCAGCGUGAGGAGCGCCAAGGUGCUGGCGCUGGUGGCCGUACUGCUCCUCGCAGCGUGCCACCUCGCCUCCCGCCGCUACCGAGGCAAUGACUCAUGUGAAUACCUUCUCUCAAGUGGCAGAUUUCUCGGAGAGAAAGUUUGGCAACCUCACAGUUGUAUGAUGCAUAAAUACAAAAUCAGUGAAGCAAAGAACUGUCUUGUAGAUAAACAUAUUGCAUUUAUUGGCGAUUCAAGAAUUCGUCAGCUGUUUUAUUCUUUCGUAAAAAUAAUCAAUCCCCAGUUCAAAGAAGAAGGAAAUAAGCAUGGAAACAUUCCUUUUGAAGACAAGAUUGCAGCAGUUAAAGUGGAUUUUCUGUGGCACCCAGAAGUUAAUGGUUCUAUGAAACAGUGUAUCAAAGUGUGGACUGAGGAUUCUGUUGCAAAGCCCCAUGUGAUUGUAGCAGGAGCUGCCACAUGGUCUAUCAAGAUUCACAAUGGUAGCAAUGAAGCGCUUUCCCAAUAUAAAAUGAACAUUACCUCCAUAGCACCACUUUUAGAAAAACUGGCAAAGACUAGUGAUGUUUAUUGGGUCUUACAAGAUCCUGUUUAUGAAGAUCUAUUAAGUGAAAAUAGGAAAAUGAUCACUAAUGAGAAGAUAGAUGCCUACAAUGAAGCUGCAGUCAGUAUUUUGAAUAGUAGCACCAGAAAUUCUAAAUCAAAUGUUAAGAUGUUUAGUGUUUCCAAAUUAAUUGCUCAAGAAACCAUCAUGGAAUCAUUGGAUGGCUUACAUCUCCCUGAAUCAAGCAGAGAAACUAGUGCAAUGAUUCUUAUGAACGUGUGUUGCAAUAAGAUUUUGAAGCCUGUAGAUGGUUCCUGUUGUCAACCUCGGCCUCCUCUUACUCUCAUACAGAAGCUAGCUGCUUGUUUUUUCACUCUAUCUAUUAUCGGAUAUUUAAUUUUUUAUAUAAUCCAUCGUAAUGCUCACCGGAAGAAUAAGCCAUGUACUGAUUUGGAAAGUGGAGAGGAAAAGAAAAAUAUUAUCAAUACCCCUGUGUCUCCGUUAGAAAUACUUUUACAGUCUUUCUGCAAACUUGGCCUGAUAAUGGCUUACUUCUAUAUGUGUGACCGUGCAAAUCUAUUUAUGAAGGAAAACAAAUUUUAUACACAUUCAACUUUCUUUAUUCCAAUUAUCUACAUCCUGGUUUUGGGAGUAUUUUACAAUGAAAAUACUAAGGAGACUAAAGUGUUAAAUAGAGAACAAACAGAUGAAUGGAAAGGCUGGAUGCAACUUGUGAUUCUGAUUUACCAUAUCUCUGGAGCAAGUACAUUUUUGCCUGUGUACAUGCACAUCCGGGUCCUGGUUGCUGCAUACCUCUUUCAGACAGGGUACGGGCAUUUUUCAUACUUUUGGAUCAAAGGAGACUUUGGAAUUCAUAGAGUCUGUCAGGUCUUAUUUCGUCUCAAUUUCCUGGUAGUGGUGUUGUGCAUAGUGAUGGAUCGGCCUUAUCAAUUCUAUUAUUUCGUCCCCUUGGUCACCGUAUGGUUCAUGGUCAUAUAUGUUACGUUAGCCCUAUGGCCACAGAUAAUCCAAAAAAAAGCAAAUGGAAAUUGUUUCUGGCAUUUUGGCUUACUGUUGAAACUAGCCUUCUUGCUGUUAUGUAUAUGUUUUUUGGCAUAUUCUCAGGGUGCAUUUGAGAAGAUCUUUUCUCUUUGGCCAUUGUCCAAGUGUUUUGAACUGAAAGGGAAUGUUUAUGAAUGGUGGUUCAGAUGGAGGUUAGACCGUUACGUAGUCUUUCAUGGAAUGUUGUUUGCUUUUAUCUAUCUGGCUUUACAGAAGCGUCAAAUACUUUCCGAAGGAAAGGGUGAACCUCUUUUUUCAAACAAAAUUUCCAACUUUCUAUUGUUUAUUUCAGUAGUUUCUUUCUUGACCUAUUCCAUCUGGGCUAGCAGUUGUAAAAACAAAGCAGAGUGCAAUGAACUCCACCCAUCUGUAUCUGUGGUGCAGAUUUUAGCCUUCAUCCUCAUAAGGAAUAUCCCUGGAUAUGCCCGAUCAGUUUAUAGCUCAUUUUUUGCUUGGUUUGGAAAAAUCUCAUUAGAGCUCUUUAUUUGCCAGUACCACAUUUGGCUGGCCGCCGACACCAGAGGCAUCUUGGUACUCAUACCUGGAAACCCUAUGCUCAACAUCAUUGUCAGCACUUUCAUAUUUGUUUGUGUGGCUCACGAAAUUUCUCAGAUCACUAAUGAUCUUGCACAGAUUAUUAUUCCUAAAGAUAACUCAUCUCUCUUGAAAAGGUUGGCAUGUAUAGCUGCAUUUUUCUGUGGACUCCUCAUCUUAUCGUCGAUUCAAGAUAAGUCAAGGCAUUAGGUUCCUAAAAUCCUAAGAAACUUAAAACUCUUCAGGCUAAUUUUGUGUCUACCUAGAGGAGAAAAGCAUCUAUCUGGAGAUAGAAAUGUAUAUGUAAAUUAAAAACGCGAGUGGCAAGAGGACAGCUCGGUGGCGUCUGUUGAACAUGUGUGGUUGUAUAUAUCGGAAAUGUACGUCUCCAAUGGGAAAUGCUGAAAACCAGUUGAAGCAGAGUGCAUUGUAUAGGAUUGCAUGUGAAACGUCUUUUCUACUGGAUCUGUGUGUUUCCAUUUAUAAAUGAUUUUAAGUUAACACGAAGGCAGGGAAAUAAUUACCUUUCCAGUAAAAACAUAAUUUAAUUAGCUUAGUGGCACCGCUGAGUGUUUUGAUCUUUACUAAAUUUGUGGUAAUUAGAUUGUCUACACCUGUAUUCAUCAUGGAACUUCCUAUUUCACUGAAAACUUUCUUACUCCAGAAUGACUGCAGUAUUGUUUUCUUACCAUAUGUGCAAUGAUGUGGAACAAUGAACAGUAUGCCUUUAAUUUAUAUGUGUUCACGUGCUGAUGUUACCUGUUUCCUGACAUGGUUUUUCUUCCAGACUGUGGUUUUCAGGUAUACCUAAAUCUUUGUAUACUUUGUCUCACAGAGUUGUUUUAGGCUCCAUGACAGGGUUUUGUCACUGUCAAUGUUAUUGUCACUUCUUUUAUAGAAAGGCCAAAUUUUCUUUCCAACUGAAACAUUCAUCCAUUUGUUUCCUUUCCUUAAGCUAUACCAGUAUGAUACCAGUUACCCUGUGGAUCUAAUUAGUAUGUUUUCCUCCAACUAAUUAAUUUCUGUCUAGUACUUCCAGUGUUUGGAAAGCUCUUUAUAAUCAUUUUGGUAUUUCCUAUUACCUCCCCUCCCCCUGUUUCUAAGAAAAAUAUAUUUAUCAAUCUAACUGGUGCAGUAUAGUAAAGAUUCAAGCUGUUUUGACUGCGACUUAUAACCAUAAGUAGAAUUUUAAGUAAACCGGUGACUUUGGGCAAUAUAUGUUUUUUGUCUUGUUUUGUUACAAGCUAACUGUUAGAGGUAUAAAUUUAUUUAUCUGUUGUACAGAUUUGAUUAUAACGUUUAAUGUUUGAAAGAUUGCACUUGUUUGCUCUUAUUGUAUGUGGGAUAAAAUAUAUUUUCUGUUCUUGGUAUAUGAAUAUAUGGAGUAAUUUAAACAGUAAAUAAACGUUCUGUGGAUGCUUA